GGUCUGGCCAGGAGUGGAGUGGUAGUGACUCUCAGGCAGGCAGGGAGGAGGAAGUUGGGCGUCAACCUAAGACCAGGCUCACCGGAUUGCUGGGAAGGUUACCAAGAUGCUGUGUGGUAAGUACUGAGAACAGCCUGAGGGUUUGUCUUUCACUCCUUCCCCUCAUGGGGGCUGCAAACUCACCCCGUGGCCUUUCUGUCCUUCCCUCAGGGCCCGAAGUUGCUCAGCCUGAAGUAGACACCACCCUGGGUCGUGUGCGAGGCCGGCAGGUGGGCGUGAAGGGCACAGACCGCCUUGUGAAUGUCUUUCUGGGCAUUCCAUUUGCACAGCCGCCACUGGGGCCUAACCGGUUCUCAGCCCCACGCCCAGCACAGCCCUGGGAGGGUGUGCGGGAUGCCAGCACUGUGCCCCCAAUGUGCCUACAAGACGUGGAGAGCAUGAACAACAGCAGAUUUGUCCUCAACAGAAAACAGCAGAUCUUCUCUGUUUCAGAGGACUGCCUGGUGCUCAACAUCUAUAGCCCAGCUGAGGCCCCCGCAGGGGCCGGUAGGCCAGUCAUGGUAUGGGUCCAUGGAGGCGCUCUGAUAACUGGCACUGCCACCUGCUACAAUGGAUCAGCCCUGGCUGCCUAUGGGGAUGUGGUGGUGGUUACAGUCCAGUACCGCCUUGGGGUCCUUGGCUUCUUCAGCACUGGAGAUGAGCAUGCACCUGGCAACCAGGGCUUCCUAGAUGUGGUAGCUGCUUUGCGCUGGGUGCAAGGAAACAUCACCCCGUUUGGGGGUGACCUCAACUGUGUCACCAUCUAUGGUGGAUCUGCCGGUGGAAGCAUCAUCUCUGGCCUGGUCCUGUCCCCGAUGGCUGCAGGGCUGUUCCACAGAGCCAUCACACAGAGUGGGGUCAUCACCACCCCAGGGAUCAUCGAGUCUCACCCCUGGCCCCUAGCUCAGAAAAUCACAAACACCUUGGCCUGCAGCUCCAGCUCCCCGGCUGAGAUGGUGCAGUGCCUUCGGCAGAAGGAAGGAGAAGAGCUGGUCCUUAGCAAGAAGCUGAAAAUUACUAUCUAUCCUCUCACCGUUGAUGGCACUGUCUUCCCCAAAAGCCCCAAGGAACUCCUGAAGGAGAAGCCCUUCCACUCUGUGCCCUUCCUCAUGGGUGUCAACAACCAUGAGUUCAGCUGGCUCAUCCCCAGGGGCUUGGGUCUCCUGGAUACAAUGGAGCAGAUGAGCCGGGAGGACAUGCUGGCCAUCUCAACACCCGUCUUGACCAGUCUGGUGAGACAAGAGGCAGAAGGAAGGAGGCUAAUUCUGGAAGCCCUGUGUUUUUCUAUGAGUUCCAGCAUCGACCCAGUUCUUUUGUGAAGAUCAAACCCGCCUGGGUGAAGGCUGAUCAUGCGGCUGAGGGUGCUUUUGUGUUUGGAGGUCCCUUCCUCAUGGAUUAGAGCUCCCGCCUGGGUGAAGGCUGAUCAUGCGGCUGAGGGUGCUUUUGUGUUUGGAGGUCCCUUCCUCAUGGAUUAGAGCUCCCGCCUGGCCUUUCCAGAGGCCACAGAGGAGGAGAAGCAGCUAAGCCUCACCAUGAUGGCCCAGUGGACCCACUUUGCCCGGACAGGGGACCCCAAUAGCAAGGGUCUGCCUCCUUGGCCCCGAUUCAACCAGGCGGAACAAUAUCUGGAGAUCAACCCAGUGACACAGGCCGGACAGAAGUUCAGGGAGGCCUGGAUGCAGUUCUGGUCAGAGACGCUCCCCAGCAAGAUACAACAGUGGCACCAGAAAUAGAAGAACAGGAAGGCCCAGGAGGACCUCUGAGGCCAGGUCUGAACCUUCUUGGCUGGGGCAAACCACUCUUCAAGUGGUGGCAGAGUCCCAGCAGGGCAGCCCGCCUCUCCCCCUGCUGAGACUUUAAUCUCAACCAGCCCCACAUGGAGUCAUGUUCCUUAAAGCGUCGGCCGCUCUGUGACUGGCAUUAUGCUCUUUUGAAAUGUCAUAAGGCUGCCUCCCACCUCUGGGCCAUUGUACAAGUUCUUCCCUCUCCCUGAAGUGCCUUUCCUGCUUUUGUCGUGGUAGGUUCUAGCACAUUCCUCUAGCUUCCUGGAGGACUCACUCCCCCAGGAAGCCUUCCCUGCUUUCUCUGGGCUGUGCAGCCCCGAGUCUGCAUCCAUUAGAGCACAGUCCACCCAAGGCU